UUCGUCUGAGCCUGAGCUUUUGGAGGAGGUAGAAACACGUUUUUUUGGGGGGGUGGGGGGAUAUUUUGGAGCUUCGCUAUAUAUCCACCUGGAUCACCUGCACCUGGCGUGUGCCUUCUUUCUUUCUCUCUUUAAAAUCUUUACAGCAUUGCAUUUUUUUUUUUUUUUUUUUGGUUCUUCACAUCCAAAAAAACAAAACAAAAAAAAACCAAAACCAUUUGCAAAUGUUUAACUGGAAAAUUUCACAUGCACAUUGCAUGAGACUGGAGCAUGCAGGUGUAGCUGUUUAAAUUUUUUUUUUAAACAAACAAACAAACAAACAAACAAAAAACAACAAUGACAUCUGGUUAACAUCGACGGCAGCAGCGAUUUAUUAUUAUUUAUUGUUUAUUUUUUUGCACCGGUAUCGUGUUAAAAGCUGCAUCCCGUGUACCGACUCGGAGUCAGGGUAGAGGAGCGAGAAAAGGUGGGUGACAGAGAAAGAGAGAGGGGGAUAGAGAGAGAGAGACAGACAGACAGAGAGAGACACAAUGGCCGCGAUCGCGAGCUCCCUGAUCCGCCAGAAGCGCCAGGCGCGCGAGUCAAACAGCGACCGGGUUUCGGCGUCCAAACGGCGCGCGAGCCCCAGCAAAGACCCGCGCUCCCUGUGCGAGCGCCAUUUCCUCGGCGUCUUCGGUAAAGUGCGCUGCUGCAGCGGCAAGAAAAGACCCGUGCGCCGGCGACCAGAGCCGCAGCUGAAAGGGAUUGUGACCCGGCUGUUCAGCCAGCAGGGCUUCUACCUGCAAAUGCAGCCGGACGGGACCAUCGAUGGCAGCAAGGACGAGAACAGCGACUACACCCUUUUUAACCUCAUCCCGGUCGGACUAAGGGUGGUGGCCAUCCAGGGCGUGAAGGCUGGCUUCUACAUUGGCAUGAAUGGAGAAGGCUUUCUUUACAGCUCGGAGAUGUUCACCCCUGAGUGUAAAUUCAAGGAGUCUGUGUUUGAGAACUACUACGUCAUCUACUCAUCCACCAUGUACCGGCAGCAGGAGUCGGGCCGGGCCUGGUUUUUGGGCCUUACGAAAGACGGCCAAGUCAUGAAGGGCAACCGUGUGAAGAAAACCAAGCCCUCGUCACACUUCCUCCCCAGGCCUAUUGAAGUCUGCAUGUACCGGGAGCCUUCGCUGCACGAGAUCGAAGAGAAGCAUCGCUCCAGGAAAAGCUCAGGAACUCCAGCCAUGAACGGAGGCAAAGCGGUGAACCAGAACUCGACAUAGCAGGACGUGGACAUGCGAAAAAGAAAUCAAUAAAAAUAAAUCACACACACGCAAAAACACACACACAUCGCCUGCUGAAAAGAACAAGCCUUCGGAAAAACACCACGGAACUCACGCUCAAACGAUACGC